AUGGUGUGCCUUGUUUACAUAAAAAGCCUCGAGGAUCGUGUCGCUGAACUUGAACUCGCUUUACAAGGUCAUGGAAUAGAUGCCGAAUCUCUCGCCGGGAGUCGGAUCUCUCAAGAUGCUACCGAAUCAACCCCCGAACCGCGACAGUCAAACGACUUGAACUUACUGAGUCUUCUCAUACCAGAACCGAGUCAUGUCCAAGAUAGAGCAAGUUCCGGCUACCAUGCUCUUCUUGGUACCAUCACCGUGCCAGAAAGAACCAAGUUCCCACCCAAGUCUACUACCAUCCAACUUGCGGCGACGUAUUUUGAACAUUCCAAUUUUUUCUCUCCCAUCCUUGAUCAAGAGUCCUUCAACAAUAUCAUCGCCAUCUUGUAUCAAGAUCUGGAGAAUGUCGACCAAGGCAAACCCAUCCAGAGAUUCCAACUCUGCAUGGUGCUAGCCAUCGGCAUCAGACUUCUCAAUAGAAUGGACUCUGCUGUUCCGACAACAGCAUCAGACUCAUUUUUCGCCUCAGCCAUCGAAAUCCUGACAAAACGACCACAGGCUACUUGGAAAGGUGACCUACAGCAUUUACAAAAUCUCCUUCUUAUUGUUCAGUACACAAUCUUUGCAUCUAAUCUCUCUGCAGCAUGGCACUUUAUUGGUCUGGCAACCCGUUUGGCUAUCGACCUCGAUCUGUUGAAUGAGACUCGUCUUUCGGGCGGCCACGCCGAAGAAGCCAUUUUGGAUGCUGAGACGAACAAGAGACGUCGGGUAUUCUGGUCAACAUACAUUCUCGAAACCAACCUCUGUGUUGUUCUCAAUCGCCCCCGGUCGAUACCUGACGAAGCCGUAUUUACACCCUUGCCUUCGACAACUGGCCCCGAGUCCUGCAGCGCGCUAGCGAAUCACUGUAUCCUAUUUCGUCAACUCGAGUAUGAGAUAUACCAGACCCUCAACUACAAAUCCCCAGCAAAUGGAGCCUUCUUUGACUACAAAGUGUGGAAAGCCGGCAUGAAGGAUCGAAUGUUUGAGUGGCAUGCUACUGUUCCGCCUGUUGAUUCUAGGUCAAAGCUCGCACCUCAAAACUUUUUCGAUGGCGCUAUGUACAUGACUCUUGUGUCUCUUUUCUCUCCAUCGCGUCACUUUCCAGAUCUGUCGGAAUCUGAAUUGAGAGAUCUAGCCCAGUAUGCAUCGACGAGUAUAGAGCUAUAUCGUGAAGGGUUUAAAGAGGGGAAGUUGAGAUUUUAUUGGCGAACAACGCCCAAUCUCUUCCAGUCUGGUGCAGCUUUGGUUCAUUGCAUCAAAAGUCUCACACUACAAGGGUCUGUUUUUGAUGUGAACGGUCUCAAGAGCCGUGUCUCCAUGUGUUCAACUGUUCUUUGGGGAAUGGCAGAGCGAUAUUCCCCUGGAGCGGUGUAUCGUGACCGAUUCGACGAGUUGGCAGCAUCAACGUCUGAUAUCACAACUGAUCUUUCGGCCGAACUUUCCGACAACUUCACCCUUGGGCAAUGCGCAAUGCCCCAAUUGGAUUUAAAUGGGACGGCAAUGUGGGCAUCAACCCCUCCAAUUUUGGAUCCGUGGAUAUUCGACCCAACUUAG